UGGGAUGCGUGGGCAGCAUCUCAGCAUGUUACAGCAUUCGCUCCAAAUACAGCGAACACACUUGUUUGCCUUCGGUUGGGAUUUCUUUUUUUAAAACAGCAAGUUGUAUUUCCAGUUAUCAUUCAAUUAAUGGGGUGAUGCGUAGUAUAUUUCAAAAGUUUAGCAUCAAUUGGGUUUAAUGGGGCUGCUGGAUAAACUGUCGGGCUGGCUCGGCCUGAGGAAGAAGGAAGUCAAUGUUUUGUGUCUGGGACUGGACAACAGCGGCAAAACUACAAUCAUCAACCGGCUGAAACCAGCUAAUCAUUCGAAUCGUUUAGGCCCAUUCUCAGAGGAGUGGAAACAUGUUAGUCAGACACCGGGACAAGAAAUAGUCCCAACAAUUGGCUUCAACAUUGAAAAGUUCAAGAGUUCAAGCCUUUCCUUCACAGUAUUCGACAUGUCUGGCCAAAGCAGAUACAGAAACCUGUGGGAGCACUAUUACAAAGAAAGCCACGCCAUCGUAUUUGUCAUCGACAGCAAUGACAAACUUAGAAUGGUGGUUGCCAAAGAGGAGCUCGACACUCUUCUCAACCAUGGAGAUAUUUGCAAUAAAAAGCUGCCCGUGUUGUUCUUUGCAAACAAGAUGGAUCUACGUGAUGCCAUGUCAUCUGUCAAGGUCUCCCAGAUGUUGUGUUUGGAGAAUAUCAAAGACAAACCUUGGCACAUCUGUGCUAGCAAUGCUAUCGAGGGAGAAGGCCUGCAGGAAGGGAUGGACUGGCUUCAAGAACAAAUCGCACAGUCAUAUCAAAACAACGACCAGUUGAAUGAGUGAAAUGCAAAUGGAGAUGGACAGUUGGACGCUCAAACUUCAUUGAGAAAGCUUUGUGUCGUAGGGUACGCAGUAGGUAUUUUCAAUGCAUGCUAAGAUAUAUUUUUGCAAAUACUGUAGUAUUACAGUAUUUGUACGAAACGAUUUUGUUACCCGUUAGGCUUAGGUAGAUAGAUAGAUAGAUAGAUAGAUGUUCUCAAAUGCUAACAUGUUACAAUAUUAUCAUUGGUAUGAAAUAAAAAAUAGUCUUUUGACACCAAGGACGGAAAUAGAGUUUGAAUGACAUUUUGAUCUGCAUGCAACAAUAUCAGUACCAUCCUAGUAUUUAUGAAAAAGUUUUUUUCAUGCAUUUAUACACAUUUUUCUAUCAACAAUGUUUUAUGAUGGAGGACAAUAAAAAGCUUUGUUACGUAUUUAAAGAUUGCAUAAUCUCUUUUUUCUUUUACAAAGCGCUUUAAUAAUACAACUUUGGAUUCCAAACUUUCUGACCACAUUACUAUGGCAAACACUGACUAUGGAAAAUAGUCCCAUAUGAACAAACUCUACAAAUACAACAUUAAUCACAUGAACAAACUGCAUUACAACCUCAAUGACAGAGAGUCAGUGCAAAUAAAUAAACAAUGUCAAUAAAUAUUUUCUUUUAUAAUAAAUAUUAAAUACAUCCUUCGUGACAAAUACAUUCAUCAUUGAAACGUAACCUAAACAAACUUUCUUUACUUUGUGUAAUAUUCUCCCGGCAAGUGCCUUUGCAUCGUUCCUAUUUAAGCAACACAUGGAAGAAUUUCGCAUGAAAUCGAGCACUGGCGUCCAGGAGAAGACACGUGGCCGUGAAAAUGUCCCUGUUGUCAGGACGGUUUCCUGGAAACAUGGAAUAGCAUUAAUUAAUUUUUGAUGGGGUGUCAUGUAAAGAAGAGGCGCGCUGACCCAACUUACCGUCUACAUACAUGUACAGAAGCUCAGCGAUGACGUCUGAGAACAUGUUCUCCAGAUGGCGGAUGAAGGUGAACUUUUGGACAUCUGAGCUGAAGCCCUUGUGGAGCUGCUGUACCACAUUUACCACCCAAUUCAUUUCAUAGCCGUCCUUUUCACACACCUACAUAUUAGAGAUAGAGAAAAAUAAGCUUGUUUUCAAAAUGGCAGACAGUUACAAUAAAUGUGAAGUUUUGUUGCCACUUCAA